CGACUAGCCCGUUGCCUCAGUACCAGGCAGGCAGGAGGAGGGUGGAACAGCGCUGAGCCGAUUAGACGAGGAGGAGAAUAGUCCGAGAGAGGAAGGUUACUCCAUGCUGGCCGUGAUCUAACGGGCUAUAAAAAGCUCUGGAUUCAGCGUCUUUAACACAUGUAUAUUUUGGAAUUCCAGGAGUCCGUAUUAACAAUGCACUUCAUCAGAGCCGCUGGGAUCCUCAUCGUGGCAUCGUUAACGUUACAGGCUGUUUGUGUGUAUGGCGGAGCGGCGCAGGGGUCUGUAGGGGCGGAACAGGUCUCGAUUUCAUGCACCAGGGGCUUCCCGGACCAGGAGUAUAGUAUCAUGGUGGAUGCAGACCUGCAGAAGGGACAGCAUCUCCUCAACGUGAGCUUCAGGGACUGUGGUCAGAGCAGGGUGGUAUUUGAAGCAAAGGACCAGUCGCACUUCAGGGUCGGUGUGGACGGUGUCCUCUACGCUGCACGCCACCUCCACCUGUCCGAUGAGGAGACCACCCCGUUGGUGGUGUACGCCCGAGACACGCAGUCCAAGCAGGUGUGGAAGAUGCAAGUGCAUUUCAUCUUGCAAGAAAAGGGAACGAAAGAGGUGAAGACUGCAGGUGAUGCAACCGGGUUCCGGCGGGUGCCUGAGAUUGUGUUUCCGUGGCACAGCCAGGUUGUCGGGGGCGACGGCUCUGUGGUGAGGCGAGUGAAGAGGGACUGGGUGAUCCCGCCCAUCAACGUGCCGGAGAACUCCCGGGGACAGUUCCCAGAGGAGCUUGUCAGAAUCCGUUCGGACCGGGACAAUAACCGUCUCCUGCGCUACAGCGUGACGGGCCCCGGGGCCGACCAGCCCCCCACGGGCAUCUACAUCAUCAGCCCCAUCUCUGGCCAGCUCUCCGUCACCAAGCCCCUGGACAGGGAGCACAUCGCCAACUUCCAUCUAAGAGCUCAUGCGGUGGACCUAAACGGGAACCAGGUGGAGAACCCCAUCGACAUCGUCAUCAACGUUAUCGACAUGAAUGAUAACAGACCAGAGUUCACCCAUACCGUAUUUAACGGCUCUGUACCGGAGGGAUCCAAACCUGGGUCAUUUGUGAUGACAGUGACUUCUAUAGACAAAGAUGAUCCCAAGACGGCCAACGGGAUGCUGCGAUACAAGAUCCUGUCCCAGAAUCCUGAAAGCCCCUCCUCCAACAUGUUUACCAUCAACAACAAGACGGGCGACAUCAUCUCCGUCGCAGCGGGUCUCGAUCGGGAGAAAGUUCCACAGUACACUCUGAUCAUCCAGGCAACAGACAUGGAGGGAAACCCUACCUACGGCCUGUCCAACACAGCCACCGCCAUGAUCAGAAUUACGGACGUAAACGACAACCCGCCAGAGUUCACCACAGACAUGUUUUUCGGCGAUGUUAAGGAGAACCGGGUCAACGUGAUCGUAUCCAACUUGACGGUGACGGACAAGGACCAGCCCCACACUUCGGCCUGGAAUGCAGCAUACCGGAUCAUCUCCGGAGACCCCACCGGACGCUUCUCCAUCCCCACCGACCCCACCAGCAACGAGGGCCUGCUCACUGUGGUCAAGCCCAUCGACUAUGAGCUCAGCCGCUCCUUCAUGCUGACGGUGGUGACGGAGAACGAAGUCCAGCUGGCACGCGGCAUCCACCUGCCUCGCCAGUCCACCUCCACCGUGUCGGUGCGCGUGGUCGACGUCAAUGAGAGCCCAGAGUUCUCCCCGGACCCCAAGUCCAUUAAGCUGGAGGAGGGCCUCCCCGCCAGCUCUCUGCUCACCACCUUCACCGCCCAGGACCCUGAUCGAUACAUGAGGCAGACCGUCCGGUACACUAAGCUGUUCGACCCGGCCAACUGGCUGGAGAUAGACAACCUCAACGGGAGGAUUUCCACCCGGGCAGUACUGGACAGAGAGUCGCCCUACGUCAAGAACAACCUCUACAACGUCACCUUCAUGGCCAGCGACAACGGAAACCCCCCUGCCAGUGGCACAGGCACCCUGCAGAUAUACCUGCUGGACAUCAACGACAAUGCGCCGCACGUUUUCCCCCCUGAGGUGGAGAUGUGCGAGCGGCCCGAGCCCAACGGCAUCAACAUCACAGCCAGCGACCCCGACCUGAUACCCAACGCCGGCCCCUUUGCCUUCGAGCUGGCAAAUCGGCCCCUGGACACCCGCCGCAACUGGACGCUCAUGCGUCUCAACGGUGAACAAGCUCAGCUGCGCCUGCGCAUCGGCUUCCUGGAGAGCGGCAUCUACACGGUACCCGUCAUCAUCACAGACUCGGGCAACCUGCCCAUGUCAAACACCUCCUACCUGCGCGUCAAGGUAUGCCAGUGUGACCAGCACGGGGACUGCGUGGACAUGGAGCGCAUCAUCGCCGCCGGCCUGGGCACUGGGGCCAUCAUCGCCAUCCUGAUCUGUAUCAUCGUGAUGCUGGUGAUGGUGCUGAUGUUUGUGAUGUGGAUGAAAAGGAGGGACAAAGAACGGCAGGCCAAGCAGCUCCUCAUCGACCCAGAGGACGACGUGCGAGACAAUAUCCUGAAGUACGACGAGGAGGGGGGAGGAGAGGAAGACCAGGACUAUGACCUGAGUCAGCUGCAGCAGCCCGAUGCCCUGGAGGCCGAGUGUGUGAAGGUGGGCAUCCGGCGCCUGGACGAGAGGCCCAUGCACCACGACCACCAGUACCCCGUACGCUCCGCCGCACCCCACCCGGGGGACAUCGGAGACUUCAUUCACGAGGGCCUCAAGGCGGCGGACAACGACCCAGCGGCGCCACCCUACGACUCCCUGCUGGUGUUCGACUACGAGGGCAGCGGCUCGGCAGCUGGCUCCCUCAGCUCCCUUCACUCGUCCUCCAGCUGCGGUGACCAGGAGUACGACUACUUGGGGGACUGGGGCCCCCGCUUCCACCGGCUGGCCGACCUGUACGGUGGCGGCAGUGACGACUAGGUCCGCAGCGCUCCAUCGCCGCUGCAUCACCCCUACCCUGCCCCCACCUGCACACCUCCCCCUUCCCCCCGGUGCUCCGAUCCACUCCAGAGUGAUAAGGAUAGUCGAGGAGGAGAGGGAGGGGUAGGGGGAAGGGUGGGAAGGAUGAGCCUAGGAUAUGGAGGUGUCAGACAUGGGAGUGAGGGAAGGGGAGGUGCUGCACAACAGGGGGACGGGGGAAGUUAUCACAGGUGCUGUGGGGGUAGGGGAAGGGGUAUAUGAUUGUUAUUGAUGGAAGGGAUCAUUAAGGACAUGACGUGGGAAUGAAACAUGUGCGAAUUCUCUAGAGGACAGCCUACAGAGGGACUGCACUGUCGAGGAUGUCUGAUGAAUAACAACAAAACAUGUUGCGGACAGAAGAACCGCGAUGCGGGGCUGACUUUCUAGCGUGCUCGGCAUUUCCAUGACAGUGGCAUUGAGGAGUAGUUGAAUGCCAACGCUAGCGUUCAUGUAAGCUGAUCCGGCGGAUCUGAGCAUAUGCGAUGACUGGCAUCGGGGGACCCUUGUGAUGCAAGUUGAUAUGCUUCCUGGAAGCAGCUAGCUAGGAACGCUCACGGGGGCCCCGAGGAGCUUAAGGUUAACAGCAGAUGAGGAUUGCAAGUGCACCUAGCCAUGCUGAAGACGCUCAUUUUACACUUGAAACUCACAGUACAGAAGCACUGGGUAAAAAUGUGCCUUUUUGUACAUUUUUUUUAUUUUGUUGGUUGUUUUAUUUUCAAUGCUUUCAAGCUCCUGAACUUUUGCAACUUUGGCAUUGACUGUAAAUGAAAAUGUGUUGCCAGGAAUCUGUCUGUUUCUGUGUGUGUGUGUGUGUGUGUGUGUGUGUGUGUGUGUGUGUGUGUGUGUGUGUGUGUGUGUGUGUGUGUGUGUGUGUGUGUGUGUGUGUGUGUGUGUGUGUGUGUGUGCGUGUUUGAGUGUUUUUUGCAUGUGUCUGUGGGCAUGUUUGGGUCAUAUCCCAUUGCCAGAGUGUGUUUUUGUUUGUAUAAACCAUUCCCACAGAGAAACACUGGAAUGAAGCUUCAAAGGACAAACCCUGUGUGAGAGACAGCUUUGGAAAUGGCACCAGUCAAAAAUAAAUACAACUCUUCUGCACAGCAAGGAUAGACAUCUCAUUAAUUUGCAUCUGAUACCAUUACUACGUUGACCAUAGAGCUACCUAUCUGUUUAGUUCUUUCACAUUCUGUUGUUGUUGCCUGACCAUUUCAUUGGUCAAACACAAAUGAGGGCAAACAAGGUAUUUAUUGCGAACUGCAGAUUCAAUUCAAUUCAAUUCAAUUUUAUUUGUACAGCCCUUAAUCGCCAUUACAGUCUCAAAGGGCUAAACAGGCCAAAUGUUUAUUACACCCCCUUUACCCAAGCCCCCACAAGGGCAAGAAAAAACUCCCUUUAAUUAACAAGGAAGAAAUCUUGAGAAGAAACGCAUAGUAGGGGAUCCCUUCUUCCAGGGAUGGUCAGGAGUGCAAUGGGUGCCAUAAUUGACAUACAGGUAAAUACAUGCAAAUCAUAUUAAAUUGAUGAUGUGGUGCUGGCUGGUUAACCAUGAGGAGAGUCCAGGCAUCCAGUCCAGUCACCGCAACACGCUAGAACAGACAAAAUAGUUAUGGUUUUUUUAGAUGCCUUUGUCCUUCCUUCAUAACUUUCAAAAGACCACUCUGAUACCUGUAGACGUUACAGGUGUAACUACAAUCUCUUAAUACAAUUAUCAUUCUAUAAUAACUACACUUUCAAUAUCCCAAUUGGAUUUCUGAAUGUAUACAGGUAGUAAAAGAGAUACAGACAAAAAGUGGAAAGCAUUGUGUUGCACAAAUUCUCGCUGUAGUGGCUUUUCUACAACCAGGAAAAUCAAUGAAACAACUGAACAGUUUCACCCCAUUUGAGUGUUAGCAGAGUGUGUUGUGUUAGAACUCAAUUACUGUCAAUUCAGCCGAUUAAGCAAACAAAGACUUGAGCUGAACACAAAGUGGUAUGUAAGAGUAUACGUUGUUUUUUUUAUCAACUGGACCUUUUCCAAAGCUAUAGAGAACAUGUGUAUAGUGAUACCAGAAUUGUUGUUUAUUUUGUGCUCUUUUGGCUGUAAUCACAACAGUUGUGCAGCUGACACCAAGUACGGUAGUCACCUGGUUGUGUUUUGUUGCACAAUUUUUCAAUACAAAAACAGAAUUGAUCUGCUAAUGAUAUGCCUUUGCAUACGCUGUAUCUCCUGAUUGGCUUGUCACUGUAAAUUUAUAGAAAAUGUACAUAUUGGUUUUUUUCAUGUUAUGUUACUUUGUUGAUUUUCUUGGAUAUGUUCCAUGAAAAAGACAUGCUAUCUUGUGUAUGUAUAAGUUGGAUUACAAAUUAAAACAUUUUUGCAUGUUU